UGUGUCGGACGUCUAUCGCCCGUCGAUAUAAUUCUAUCUGCAACUUUUUCUCAACAUAAGUUUUUUUUAUGUUUAAGAAACAUAUACGAAAGCAGAAAUCGAUACAUUGCUAAAGUGCUAAAGCUAAGCCGAAGAUAUUGAGAUAAGAGCCUUGCAACUCCAGAACGAUAUAACUUAACGAAACAGCCAACGAGCAGCAAACAGCAGACAUAAAGACUCACAUACACUCACGCACGCAAACGAUAAAAACGAAAAAAAAAAACAAAAAAAGAAACGCAAAUUAUUUGAAAUAAGUUCGAAGCUAACCAAAUAUUUUAAAGUCAUCACAGAGCUGAUUCCAGCUCGAGCAAAGCCCUAAUACAUCAAGCUGCGCCAAUACCUCUUCCAGUUCAGUAGCAUCCCGUGUACUUCUGUGCGUGUAUGUGUGUUGUCUCUGAUUGUUUUCUAUUGUGUGCGCAGUGCGUGCGUGCUUUUGGCUGAGGGGGCGGGUGGGACAAGUGCAACUGGCAGCAGCUAAAGGAGUGAAAUCUGUGCAGCCAAAUCGGCAAAACAGACCUGUUUGGACGGGCUCGAGUUUCUAUAAAGAAACGCGCGUCCAUGUUUAAGCUUUUGAUGCUGGCCGAGAUCAGGCGACGGCAAAUCGUUUAGCAGCAGCACAAAAAGGAGCAGCAGCACUGGCCAUGCUCCCUAUUAGCGAGGAGCAGCACGUUGACAACAGCAACAAUCAGCAACAUGCCGACACCUCAGAUGAAGCUGCCGCAACGGCAGCGAACGGUCUUGGUGUUGAAGAGUCGGCACUGGGCGCUGAAGCUAGCUUGUGGACGGCACUGUACGACUACGAUGCACAGGGCGAGGAUGAGCUGACACUGCGACGGGGACAAAUCGUUGUUGUCCUCUCCACGGACAGUGAAGUGUCUGGCGAUGUGGGCUGGUGGACAGGCAAGAUCGGUGAUAAGGUCGGUGUUUUCCCCCGAAACUUUGUAACAGACGCGGAUCCGUUAGAGUUGCCGCAUGAAAUUGACUACUCAGAGCUGGACAUUAAGGAGGUGAUUGGAUCUGGUGGCUUUUGCAAAGUACAUCGUGGCUUUUAUGAUAACGAGGAGGUUGCCAUUAAGAUAGCCCAUCAAACUGGCGAAGAUGAUAUGCAACGCAUGCGUGACAAUGUUCUGCAGGAGGCCAAACUAUUCUGGCCACUUAAACAUCGUAAUAUCGCGGCACUGCGCGGUGUCUGUUUGAAGACCAAACUGUGUCUUGUCAUGGAAUAUGCACGAGGCGGCAGCCUGAAUCGCAUACUCGCUGGCAAAAUUCCGCCUGAUGUUCUCGUCGAUUGGGCCAUUCAAAUUGCUCGCGGCAUGAAUUAUUUACACAGCGAGGCGCCCAUGUCUAUUAUACAUCGCGACCUGAAGUCCUCCAAUGUGCUCAUCUUUGAGGCCAUCGAGGGGAGCCAGUUGCAUCAUAAAACGCUCAAAAUAACCGACUUUGGCCUCGCGCGAGAAAUGUACAACACACAGUGCAUGAGCGCUGCUGGCACCUAUGCCUGGAUGCCGCCCGAGGUCAUUAGUCGGAGCAUGUACUCCAAAUCAUCGGAUGUGUGGAGCUAUGGUGUGCUCCUCUGGGAACUGAUCACAGGCGAGACGCCCUACAAAGGUUUCGAUCCGCUCUCCGUUGCGUAUGGCGUCGCUGUAAAUACACUAACGUUGCCGAUACCAAAAACCUGCCCCGAAACUUGGGGUGCCCUAAUGAAAAGUUGCUGGGAAAGCGAUCCGCAUAGACGGCCUGACUUUAAGAAGAUUAUUGAACAGCUGGAGAGUAGCGCGUGCUCAAAGUUUACGCUAACGCCGCAGGAAUCCUUUCACCAUCUACAGGAACUGUGGAAAAAAGAGAUUGCUGAGGUGCUGCACGAUCUGCGCGAAAAAGAGAAGGAACUGCGCAACAAGGAGGAGCAGCUGGUACUCAUGCAAAAGAAGCAGCUGGAAAAGGCCAAUAAGCUACAUGAGCUCGAGGAGCAGUUACGUCAGCGCGAAAUAAAUAUACUCGGACGCGAGCUAAUGAUGCAGCCAGUGUCAGUCCCUGUGCCGGUGCCAUCAAAGCGGAAGCCCAAAAAGAGUAAAAAGAAAGCGCUGCAGAUAUCACUGCCAACGGAGUUCCGGCACACAAUUACGGCCGUCUGCGACAAAGUGGAGCCACCUGGCUCGCCCUCCCUAUCCAGAUUGCGUAUUGUGACACUCACCGAUGGGCACAAAAACAAAACCUGGGGACCAUCGACGAUGCACCAGCGCGAGCGCUCGCUGCUGCCACCGCAGCUGGGCGGCCAGCCCGAGUGGCCGGCGCAAAGCUCCACGCACUCAUCAUUCAGUAAGAGUGCGCCGAAUCUGGACAAGAAGCAGUUAAAUGCGGCUGCCGCAGGGACAGCUGGAACAGGGGCGACAGCGAUAGCUGCAACAACAAAGUCUUCUCAGCUGCUGGGCAGCUCCAACGUGGGCAGCAUUGCUGGCGGCUCAACGCCCACAUCGCCCAUGUAUUUGGGCGGCAGUGUGGCGGCCAUGGGUGCGGUGGGCGCUGGUGUGGCCACAGGCUAUCAGGGCAACAGCAAGGAGGACUGGCGCCCAGGACCAGCCAAUAUGCCCAUCAUGUCGCCAUCGCCGUAUCUGCUCAGCCGCUUUACCAGCAACGUGCCGCUGCCGACGCUCUACGCCGGCGACUCGGCCCGCAAGCCAAAGCUCUCCGUGAUCGAGCUGCUUCUGUACAAUAUGGCAUCGGUACUCGCAGGCGUCGCCGCUGGCUAUGAUGUCCGCAUGUCGAAUGUCUCGCCCGUGCAUCCCACGCUGCUCAGUGAACUGCCCGCUCUGAAGGCAGCACCCAAGGCCACUAUCGAGGAGCAGGAGCCGGACCAGACCGACCAAAGCGAACAGCAGCUGGAUGCGGCCCAUCAGCUGGCCAACAAGAAUAAUGCUGUUCGCUAUUCGCCGCUGGACACGUCCAUGGCCACGCCCAAGCUGCAGUCAGUGGCACAGCGGCGCGUGGGUGGCAGUCAAAUUUAUUACACACCCGUGCAGCGCACGCCGCAGCACCAGCUGCACCAGGCGUCGGUGGUGCCAACAACUGUGGCACAACCUCAGCCACAGGCCGUUGCGAUGCUCUAUGCAGGCUCACAGCCGCCGACGCCGUCGCCCCGCCGCAAGCUCAGCAGCAGCAGCUGCAACAAUGCCGACGUUUUUGAGGAGUUUCGCGUGGGCGGAGGCAUUGGGCCACCUCCACUAUAUGCCCCGGCCGAUUAUCUGCGCAACGGGCCCAGCUACUCCAACGAUGGCGGCGCCUAUCGUAAUGGCUAUUUUGGUUCCAAUUAUUUUCCGUAUCGACCAGAGCUAAAUUUCGCAUAUGAGCGCGAUUGUAAAUCGUAUCCGGACUAUUCGUACGACUACAAUCAUCGGCUGCCCGAUUACUAUGACUAUCAGUAUGAGGCGCCAGUGGUGCCGGUGCAGGUGCCGGCGGUGGCAGCGUUGCCGCCGCUCCAAACGCGCACGCCGCCGCCGCGCGUUCCCCAAAUGGGGGUCAGUGCUGGGGGCCAUCGCCGAACGCCCUCAACUGUGUCAAACAACUCGAAUGUGCCGCUGGAGCACGAGGAGCUGCUCUACGAUUACAACAAUCUCAAUCUUAAUGUUAAUCUCAAUGUGGAAUAUGAUUGCGAACCGCCGGCGCCAGCGAAACAAAUCCCGACGGUGACGCCCACCAAACAGGAGUUCUACGCCGGUUCGCCCAAGCUAAUCAAUCGAAUGCUGCACAGCCCGCUGGCCAGCAGCAAAUAUGCGCCUGUCACACGUCCCGCCAGCUUGCCCUUCGAGCAGCACACGCUCAGCUAUCAGCUGCAGUAUACGCAGCAGCAGCAACAACAACAACAGCACCCGACGCUGGCGCCGACGCCAGUGGCGAUCAGCCAGGGCAAGCUGCGCAGCUCGCUCAAGAAGUACAACAGCAGCACGCUUAAUGGCAGCAUCUCGUCGCAGCAGGGCACGCCCACAAAUCCAACGCCGCCCGAUUCGCUCACCAGCGACGACAGCUCGUAUUUGAGUGCCAAGGAGGGGUCCAUAGGGUCGCAGCAUAGUCGCGUGCGAUUCAGCCCGGAGGCCUAUUUGGAUGCCAAUACACUGCCCGUUGGCACGUUGGCCCGACGCAUGACAUCGCCGGGGAUGACACAGUUGCCCCAACAGCAGCAGCAGCAGCAUCAACGACGGCAUCGACACACAUCUAGCGCCAGCACACCAUCGCCAUCCGCCUCAUCAUCCUCCUAGCAGGCGCGUCUGGCGCUGACGCUGCAGUUGGCGCGCAGUCCCGGGGCGGACAUCGGCAGCGCCGGUGGUGCCUCCGGCCUGGCUCUGGGCCUAGCGUUGCAUCAGCAGCGGGUGCCAUAUCGCUGGUACUCGGGGGCGCGGCGUUCACGUUCCGCGCACUACGAGUACCGGCUCUGAAAGAAACGAGACGGCAAUAGGGGAUGCGAGUGGGAUGGCAGACAGUUUUUAAGUACAUUGAUACCUCAAGCAUGCGUGGAUUAGAGCAAGAGCGCAGACCCACACACACACACACACGAUUUAGAUUUGAUAGUACAGCUAAUCCAAGAAAAGGAGCCGACGGUUAACACACACUUGACAGAUCUGCUUUAUAACAUGCUGAUAUCACCAAAUUGGCACUCUAUGUCCAUCUGAAUUAAAUGUGGAUAAGUUUUUAAAUGUCAACCGAUUGGUCCUUGACAUUUAUUUUCCUGUCCGCCUGUGUCGAUGUGUUGUACUCACCAAAUCCAAAAAUCUAAAUCUGCAAUAUCAGCUUUAAAUAUUACCCGACUGAAUUCCAUAUUGUCAUGGAAUAAGCGCGCCACAGAGAUUUGCAAUUAACUUAAAGGCACAUAUGUAUAUAUGGCAUAUGAGAAAGGUUCAGUUUAUUUCUACACGUAACUCAAAUAUAUAUAUGUGCAUAUACCAUAUGGUAUUUAGUCUUCAAGUUGUUUACGCGUAAAUUUUAUUAUAUGUAUAUAGAUAUAUAUAUCAAUAUAUAUAUAUAUAUAUAUAUAUAUAUAUAUAAUAUGUAUUGAUAAAUAUGUAUUUGUAAGAACAUUAUAUACCAGAGUUAUAUACGACCCCUGACUUGUGCGAUUUGCCUUAAAUAUAGCGUGAAUAGAAGUUGAAACUCCGUGAGAAGUUAAUCUCAUUCAUUCUUGUAUGAUUGGCCCAAUGUUAAAGCUAAUGAAUAACGCGAUAUAUAUAAUAUAUAAAUAUUAACCUAUGUAUGCAAGUAUAUAGUCGACUGUCCCCAAUUGCGUUCUUUGAUUAGAUGCCAGCCUUAUGCCACGCCCAAACAAAAGCAAAACAAAAUAAAAACAAAAACCUUUAACAAUAAUACAACAUGUAAUUAUAAACUAAACUACACCAAUAACAACUCCAUUUUUAAGUCUGAAGAAAAUGUUUACACAUACAUAUAGAUAUAUAUACACACAUAUAUAAAUAAUAUAAAUAUAUAUAUGUAAAUGAUAUGUAGCCCGAUAUAAAAGCGUUGCUAAAUCAUUAGCCGUAGUUUCAAAAUAGUUUAUCGAUUUAUAAUCCCAAAUGAUAUAUACAUUUGUAUAUGUAUAAGCGUAAUAUAAAAUAGGAUAAAAUAACGAGUUGCAUACACAUAAUAUAUGUAUGUAUGUAUGUAUGUAGCAUAACAAAUUGUAAUUCUGCGCUAUUUUCCACAAUUCGAAACAUACAUAUAUAAUCACAUGCAAUUUGACUACUAAAUCCCGAUUGAUAUGCGAUAUACGCAUGUGUAUAUCUACAGAUAUGUAAACUACUUAUAUAUGCAUAUAUAUAGACACUCUUAUAUACUAAUUCAAUGUGUCCCGCUUAUUAUAUACAAUCGAUUCGAUUAGCAAGCAUCGGCAGCGCCCUCUGGCGACAAAAAGCAACCUGUAGACGACACUUGCAUUGCAAACACGCGUCACUAGAUGGCGCUGCCAUGCUAAUCGAAAAUAUGAACUUAUUUUUCAAUGCCUGUUCUAAUUUUGUUUGUUAAAUGAAUUGUUUGCAUCAAUAGCCUCUAGCUUGCGAUAAAAGCUUAAACCUUAUAACAGUUAAUACUAUUAUUUAGACAAAUUGUUGUUCAUGCUCACAAAGAAGGGAAUUUGAAACCCAAAACAAUAUGUUAAGCAAACCUUGCACUCACACAACUUUCGAACGAAGUAUGUGCUAUUUAUUCAAUUUGCCUAAAAACAAAAUGUGAAACAAACACAAAAUCAAGAUAACAGAAACCAGUUAACCAAUAUUAAACUCGUAGCGUAAUUGCCUUUUGUUGCACGAUUCAUUGAUUAUUGCAAGUUUUUGGCUUCUGUGUGUUUGAGUUGCACCUAAGUUCGGUCCUGUAGUUCGCGGUAGGUGCGAGGGCAGCAAGUCGCGCGCGCGCGCCUUAAGAUAUGCAAUAAUAAAUGCUACUUGCGACUUAUUUUUAUGUACAAACUAGCAAUUAAUAAUUAACAAUUUAUUUCGAUCAUUCAGAGACCAAAACCAAAACAAAAGACGAAGCGAAACAUUAUGAAUAAACAAAACUAUUUUUAUACAAAA